UCGGAUGAGCGCGGGAAACGAACGAGGUAGUGGGACGAGCGGGGAUUGUCAUUAUGUUGACCUUACCUCAGUGUUUAGGUGAGACAGACCGCGAUAAGUUGUAAGCUAUAAUUAUCAAUCAAUAUUUUACAAUCUGAUAAUAUAAUAUAAUCCAAGUAUGCGCACGGCAUUUAUUGUUAUAUUAGUGGUAUUACUGAAAACGUGUGAUGCGAGUGAAUGGAGACAAGUGCACACCGCGCAGGGUGAUGUGCGCGGGCGCAAAGACCCCGAUGGGGGACUGUACAGCUUUUACAAUAUACCGUAUGCCACAGUACCCGUAGGACCUGAUAAGUAUAAGGCUCCCCUGCCAGGGCCGGUCUGGGUAGAACCACUUGAUGCAGUUGACAAGAAGAUAGUAUGCCUGCAGCCUGUAACCCCAUUUAUGGACAUAAGUUUUGCAAAUAUGCAAGAAGAUUGUCUCUUUGCGAAUAUUUUUGUCCCUGACACUGAAGAAAAGAACCUUCCCGUGCUAGUAAUUAUACAUGGAGGUGGAUUUGAAAUUGGAUAUGGUGAUAUGAUAUCACCUAAAAACUUCGUCAGAACUAAGAAAAUAAUUGUAGUUAAUUUCAAUUACCGUCUUGGGGUACAUGGAUUCCUAUGUUUAGGCUCAAAAACUGCUCCAGGCAACGCUGGUCUGAAGGACCAAGUGGCUCUGCUUCGCUGGGUGAAGCGAAAUAUUGCUAAUUUUGGUGGCAACCCUGAUGAUGUUACUGUAGCAGGUGGUAGUGCUGGUAGCAUGUCUACGCACUUGUUGGCUCUGACAAAGUCAGCAGAAGGACUUUUCACCAAAGUCAUACCAGAAAGUGGUGCCGAUGUAACAACUGCGGCUUUUCAGUUAGAUCCACUUCAAAAUGCAAAAAUUUACGCCAAAAUGCUAAACUUUACUGAUGUAGAUGACUUUAAGGCUUUAGAAGCGUUUUAUAAGAGCUCUUCUCUGGAAUCUAUUAUAGUGAGUACAUUUGGUAAUAGGCAAGAUGCAACUCUUUUAUUUGCACCAUGUGUAGAAAACGAUAUAGAUGGUCAAUCUAUUUUUAAAGAUUAUCCAGUCAACAUUAUUAAGAAGGGUAAAUAUAAAAAAGUUCCUGUUUUAAUUGGCGUCGGCAACAUGGAAGGAACAUGUCAACUGCAUAAUUUUGAUUUGUGGAAAGAUAUUAUGAACGAAAAAUUUUCAGAUUUUUUGCCAGGAGAUUUACAAUUUCCAAGUAAGGAAGAAAAAGAGGAAGUAAGUAAAAAAGUUAAAGAAUUUUAUUUCGGAGAUCAGCCAGUAGGCGAUAGUACAAUACUGUCUUAUGUUGAUUAUUUCGGAGACAUAAUCCUUAAUUUUGCUACAUGGAGAUCUGUAAAACUACACGUUGAAGCCGGGCACGACCAAAUAUAUUUAUAUGAGUAUUCCUUCGUGGACGACAGUACUCCAGUUAUCCCUCAUACUAACGUGCGCGGAGCUGGACAUUGUGCUCAGACAGCAGCAUUACUCGAUGGAAUACCUUUCGUAUCGGCAGAUGAGAGCAAAUUGUCGGAAGAGUACAAAGAAAUGAAAUCGACUGUUAGAGAUAUCUGGUACAACUUCGUAGUAUACGGGUCACCUGUACCACAAGGAUCAUCCUUGCCAGUGUGGCCGGUAGCAGGUGCAGAUGGAAGUCCUUUUAUGUCUCUUGGAAAAACAAUUAAGUUAGGAGAUGGAUCAUUUCUGGGGAAAAGAGCACAAUUAUGGGAUGCUAUUUAUGAAAAGUACUACAAAGCUCCAGUGCCACCACCGAAGCAGGAACGUACAGAGCUAUAACUGUUAAAUGAGUAUAUUAAGUGAUUGAACUCUCCCUACUUACAAAUAUCUUAAAUUUUUGUUUGAUAACUAUAGACACGAAUUUAAGUGAUAUUGAUUGGCUAGUAAGACAUUAGCCACAGCACGACUUGUUUAUGAACCUCGUUCGUGGAUACUCAAGCA